UGUGACCUGGGGAGUGGGAGUUUUUCAGUCUCAAAAAUCGAAAGACUAGAAAAGGACAGUGGCCGACUUCCACUGUUUGGACUGAGGUUAUUUGUCAGCGCCCAGCGGAUGAGCCGACUUCUCAUCUGAUUUGUUAGGAACGAUGGCAGGUGGACGAGAACUGCUGCUCCUGGCAGCAGUGAUUGCUCUCCUGGUGCAAACUGAGCAGAAACCAACAGUGUCCAUGAUUCCCUACCUGACAAAGAUCUUCACCGGAGACUUGCUUUACUUGCACUGUGACGGUGAUCAGACUAAGCACCCAACAACCUGGGAUUUUAAUGGCAACAUGGCAGGGCAAAAUAACACUCUGAAGAUAGCAGCUGCUUCCUCCAAGGACUCAGGAAUCUAUAAAUGUACAAUCAACGGCCAAACAAGUGAUGACUUCAACUUAAAAGUUCUUGAAUACGUUCCCAUCGCAUCACUUAGCAUCGCAACAGGCCAGCCAGUGAUGCGCAACAACGCCAAAGUUCUGCUGGAGCUUACAAACGAUGAAGGACUGGAGGGAUGGCUCUGCAGAGUCAACCGGGAAAAGGACACCAAAAGAGUUAAACUGAAAUUGAACAACGCAAAUCCAACAUCAUUUAUCUUUGAAACUUCUUCACUGAAGGUACCCGAGACCAUCUACUGGUGUGAAAAGAACGGUACAACGGACAGAAGCAACCAAGUUGUUCUCAGGACCACUGACAAUGAAGUGACUCUGGAAAUGUAUCCGUUUCCUGCAAUGGCAGGAGAGAAAAUGACCCUGAGAUGUCUUGUGUGGGGAACAAAGGAAGUUAUCCAAUCUGUUUUCUACAAAGAGAACGUCAUGACCAAGACAGUUCAUGGAGAUACAUAUAAUAUCCCUAAAGUUACUGAAUCUGAGAUGGGAAGAUAUCGGUGUAAAGCCACCUACAGAUACAAGGACCAGACAGUCGGCCCACAUGUAUACAAAUCUGAUGUUCAGGAUUUACCUGUCCAAGUUCGUCCCGUCGAAGCGGUGCUGUCUGACACCAUGCAGUGUUCCUGUCCGUCAUGUGAUAAACAGGAGGACAUCAAGUCAUACAUGUACUACAUGUACUACAAGCAAAAUGGUAACUCCUGGACGAUGCUCGGUCAAAACGAGCAUCCAGACAGUGACGGUACUUACCACUGCAGAGCUGUUUUGGGCAACAUGAGGACUUUACCCAGCAAAGCUGUGGCAAAAAAUCGCAGUAUUUUUUCAUCGGUGAUUGGGAUCUUGGUUUUCAUCUUUGUGCUGGGAUUCCUCAUUUUUGCCGUGGCAAUUUAUAAGUGGAACAAGAAUAGAAAUGCGAGAGUGGACAUUUACGAGCAAGUCCCGAUGAGGCAUGGGGAUGCCAACUAUGAGGCUAUAAAUAUGAGGCAAGUGAAAGAGGGUGAAUACGACACGCUUCAACCUGGAGCAGAGGGCAGACAGAAGACGGGUGGAGAAUACGAAGCACUGACGAAACGGGAAGGCAAAGACGAAGUUUACCACACUCUGGGAGAAAACGUAGCGUCGGGAGGAGGAGACGGAGGUUACCAAGCUCUGAAGACAGCAGGAAUACAAAAGGAUGAGUAUGACACCCUGAAAACCAAGCAACCGGAGGGCGAGACGGGCGCAGAAAGUGGAGGAAACGGAGGUUACCAAGCUCUGAAGACAGCAGGAAUCCCAAAGGAUGAGUAUGACACCCUGAAAACCAAGCAACCGGAGGGCGGGACGGGCGCAGAAAGCGGAGGAAAUGGAGGUUACGAAGCUCUGAAGACAGGAGGAAUCUCAAAGGAUGAGUAUGACACCCUGAAAACCAAGCAACCGGAGCUGGAGAAAGUGGAAGAGAUAAAAGAGGAGAAAUGAGAGAGAGGCUCUUAGAAGAAUGACGAGUUUCCUUCCACUAGAUGGUGGACAGACCCGCCCAAAAAUGAUCCUCAAGUCAGAAAAUCAAAACUUUGAUACAUUUUCACUCAAGUAGAAGAGAAAAGUACAUCCAAAAUGUUAAAAGUGUUUGGUAAAUACCGAGUAACGGUUUGAUCACAAUAUCUGAUUUAAUUUGUGUAAAUUAAUCAUCAGACAAGAAAAAACAGUUGUCUGCAAAUCCUGGUAUUCUAAAGAUUAUGAAAAAAAUAUUUUGUUCGCAACAUAAUGUUCAUGAAAACAAUACUUAUAGAAGGUAAAGUAUAUAUUAUGUGAGAACAAAGUACUUCUACUGACAAUACAUACGGUAUACUGUACAUUAAUGUGACCUACCAAUGACACAACAUAUAGAAAAUACUAUAAAAAUUAACUUGUCCUAACAAAAACUGUAGAUUUAUGUUUCUGAUGUAUUUUUAAUUUUUCUUCAGUCAGUAAAGUAACUAGAGAGUUACUUAUUUACUGGAUAGAGUAGCCAGAACUUUUUACCCAUUGAGAGUACUGUUAAUUAAAAAAUAAUAUUACUUAAGUAAAAGUACGGUAAAACUACUGCUAGAGCUACGUUUUUAUAAUAGUUACUAAAUGUGAGUUACUUCUCACCUCUUCAAAGUAGUCAGUGACAGUAUGUACAUAAAAAGAAUAAUAAUAAAAUACAUUCAAUAUAUUUCCGUUCAUAUAGAUUGUGUAAUUAUGGAGAGAAAAUGUUUUUGGUUCACCUCUAUCAUUUAUGUUUAUUAUUUAAAUAAUUAAAAUUAUUAAAAUAUCAACUGAUAGAUAGAAGUAGAACAUUCAUUUUGGGAGAUGAACAACCAACAAACAAAACCCUGGAAUCAGAGUUUCCACUUUUCUUAUUUUUCAGAUAUUUUCAUACAUUUUAUUGCUUACUUUCAUAUUUCAUGUACUUUGAAUCGCAGUGAUAAACAUUAUUUACUCAUCUUGCUUAAACUGAUCAAGCUGAUGUAACUCAUACUUUAAGUUACUUUAAGUUCUGGCAAUGUUUCCGUUACAUUUUCAAGACAUUCACAGCUUCAGAAUAAGAAAAUUAACAUUUAUCAGCAAACCAUGCAGAUUUUUCUAUCAUAAAAUGCAAUAUUACAUGCUUCAGUAUUAAUCUUACAGAUUUCUUUUUUUUAUUGCAGAAAUCACAUUUUUGUAAGCAGUUGUAAACAUUUUUACAGUAUU